GCUGAAUCCUUUCUCCCACUACACUUCUAGCAAAAACUAAAAAUGUCAUAUUCCAGCAGCUCAAAAUCAGCUCCUCAUGUAGCUCUCCUUCCUGGCUCCGGCAUGGGUCAUUUAACGCCAUUCCUUCGACUGGCCACUUCACUCGCCGCUCUUGACGCUCAAGUCACCAUUAUCACUACCCACCCGACCGUUUCAGAUGCUGAGUCACAAGCUCUGUCUUGCUUAUUCUCUACCUUCCCUCUAAUCAGUGAAAGGCAACUUCAUCUCCUCCCACUGGACAAUCCUUCUGCGGCUAAGCUAGAAGACCUUUUCUAUCUGAAAUUUGAAGCCAUACGUCGCUCCUCGCACCACCUAUCUCCUCUUCUCUCUUCUAUUUCACCACCCCUUUCUGCUCUCAUCACAGAUAUGAGCUUGGCUUCCACAGUUAUCCCUAUCACCAAAGCUCAUGGUCUCCCUAACUACAUUCUCUUCACACCAUCCGCGAAAAUGCUAACACUUUUCGCAUCCUUUCAUAAGAUAGUUGGGUCACAAAGUAUGGGUGAUGACGCGAAGAAUGUUUUUAACAUUCCUGGUCUGCAACCAAUACCCAGAUCAUGGGUUCCACCACCAUUGCUACUAAAUGCGAAUAAUCUCCUAAAAACACUCAUCACAGAGAACGGUAAGAGUCUAAUACAAUCAGAUGGAAUUUUGAUCAAUACAUUUGAGAGUUUUGAGCAGGAGUCACUUGCAGCACUUAAUGACGGCAGCAUAGUGAACAGGCUACCAUUGGUAAUUGCUGUUGGACCACUUGUACCUAAUGAUUUUCAGAGUGGUAACUCAUUAGCAUGGCUCAAUCGUCAGCCAUCUGGGUCAGUUGUGUAUGUUAGCUUCGGGAGCCGCACUGCUAUGUCAAGGGGGCAAAUUAGAGAGCUGGGUGAGGGUUUAGUGAAGAGUGGAUGUAGGUUUGUAUGGGUGGUGAAGGAUAAGAAAGUUGAUCGAGAAGAUGAAGCACAGUUGAAUGAGGUGGUUGGACAUGAACUUAUGGAGAAAGCAAAGGAAAAUGGCUUGGUGGUGAAGAAUUGGGUGAGGCAAGAGGACAUCCUGGGUCACGCAGCAGUUGGGGGAUUUUUCAGUCAUUGUGGGUGGAACUCAGUUAUUGAAGCCGCAUGGCAUGGCGUGCCCAUGUUAGCAUGGCCCCAGCAUGGGGACCAGAAGAUGAAUGCAUCCGUUGUGGAGAGCACAGGGUUAGGGAUGUGGCUGAAGAGCUGGGAUUGGGGUGGAGGGCUAGGGGUCGUGCAGGGUGAGGAGAUUGGAGAGGCAGUUAGGGAGAUGAUGGGAAACAAGUUGUUAAGAGAGCAAGCGCUUCAAAUAAGGGAAAAGGCAAGAACAGCAGUGGGAGCUAAUGGGAGUUCUAAGAAGGCUUUAGCUCAACUCAUUGAGAAGUGGAAGAAAAAACACACGGUCUGAAAGAGGAUUAAACAAAUAAUGUGGUCAAAACUGAUAACAUCCUUGAUGCUUUGGCCAAGAAAACGUCUAAAUGAAAUCCAACAAGAAACGGUCUCUAUUUUCAAGAGCACCACUCAAGAAAUCCAUUUUUUUCUUUUUUCUCCCUCUCUUUAUCGUUGCAGUUCAAGAAAUCCAUUUUUUUCUUUUUCCUCC